AUGGCCGGGAAUAUCCCCCUGCCCGACGCGCCAGCUUCACCAUCAUCAUCAGCACACAAACCAGCACAUCGAAGCAGAACCACCAACGCUGGGUGCGAUCAUCCAGGCCCUGCUACCCAUCCUAUCUGGCCAGAAUACCUUGCUGGCACUCUACCAGACCCUCAGCGAACUCGCGCAGAAAGCGGAUACCCCCCUGACCGACCCCACCAGCCAACUGCUCAACUCCCCAGUCGCCAAUUCAUUGAGAUCCGGAUCGCGCAGCUCGAAAAGGAGCGGAUUGAUGUCGAGAACGAGCUCAGCGAAAGCUCGAAAGAACGGCCCGAACAGAUCGGACAUCUGCGCAACCAGGCCCGGCUUGCAUCCAUCGAAUAUCACGAUAUAGGUGCAAACCGAGCUGAAAACAGCAACGGAAGAGCUCGCACGAAGGAGAAUGGAGAUGGAGGAGAGUUCAGAACGAGAGCGGAGAACAAAUCGCUGCGGGAGAACGAGAUCCGGAAGGUGGACGAGGUGAAGGGCCUGUUCAUGCGCGGGAACAUCGAGUAG